AUGGGACCUCAUCCACACUUACCUCCUUACCAGGCACUUACCUCCUUACCAGGCACAUACAAGUAUCACACAGACAACAACUAUACGGAGUGGGUGCGGUUUGAAACCGCAGUUUGGCCACCUAGACCGCGAGCACCAUCCCCUGGGUGUGGUUUCCUGCGGUUUCAGCCCACUGGGUCUUUUCUAGCCAUGCGAUGUGGUAAUCUUCUGGUUAGAUUAACUUUGCAUUUGAUCAGUUGUGUAUUGCAUUGGAUAAACUUUGGUUCACAAAACAAAAUUUCUUCUCCAUAUAUUGCUAUCGCUGGCUCUUCUUCUUCACAACAAAAUUUAGUCUCCACCUCUUUCUGUAAUUGCGUUCGAUUAAUUUUGAUGGUUGAUGAGGUAGAUACACCGAGACGGGAGAUAUUUGGUCACUCCCCGAUAAUUGAGCAAGUAACAUGGAAAUACAAGCUUAAACUGAAAUAUGGAGUCUUUAUUGACAAGAAUUCAAAAGAGCAACGUUUUAUUAUAAUUGAUUCUGAUGAAAGCUUCAUGGUGAUGCUUAACAUGUAUAAGGAAGAGAAAGAAGUAAUAAUUUAUGCGACGACUGAAAAAAUUACACAAAAAAUGUAUAAAUCGUUUAGUGGCCAAGAUCAAGUUAUUGAUGAAUCAGAUGACGAAAAUGAUUCAGACUCAAAUUGUCCAAGUGAAGAAAGCUAUCACAGUCGUCAUAGUUCUAGUAAUGAGUAUGAGCUUCUAAAUUCUGAUUUUAAAAGUUAUUCAUAUAGCAAUAAAAAUGCGGUUAUGAAAGUGAAUUCUAAAUUUCCAAAUGUGAUUGCUUUUAGAAGAGCGUUAAACAACUAUGCGAUAACAAAUGAAUUUCAGUAUAUUAUUGGGAAAAGCGAUUUGACACGACUUACGGCAUGUUGUGAAGAUAAAAAGUGUGAGUGGAGAAUCCAUGCUUCUCUUACUAAGGAUGAGGUUACUUUUGAAGUUAAGAAAUUUGUAGAAACUCGUUCUUGUACUCGAAGCAACAAGUGUGGUAACAAACAUGCAACUCAAGGAUGGAUUGGUGAUGUUCUAACCGACAAGCUGAAAUCUGAUGGAGAUGUAUCUCCCGCCAACCUAAAAAAGUGGUGUAUGCAAAGCUACAAUGUUGAUGAGCUUGAACAAAGAAACCCUAGAAGUGUUGUGGAGAUUGAUUUGCAAACAGAGGAUAACAAGAAACAUUUCCUACGCUUUUUUAUAUCAUUAACAGCAUGCUCUAAGGGGUUUCUUUCUAGUUGUCGUCCUUACAUUGUGAUCGAUGCUUGUCAUUUGAAGGAGAAAUUUAAUGGUGUACUAGCCGCUGCCACAAGUAUCGACGAUAACCAUGGCAUGUUUCCAGUAGCCUAUGGUGUGCUUGAGUCUGAGAAUAAAAAUUCAUGGACUUGGUUUCUCAAGUCACUAGAAAAAGCAAUCGGUACACCAGACGGUCUUGUUAUCUCCUCUGACAAGCAAAAAGGGUUGGAAGUAGCUAUUACACAGGUUUAUCCUAAUGUUAAGCAUCGCGAAUGCAUAAGACAUUUAUAUAGCAACUUCAAGAAACAUUAUCGAGGUGAUUAUUUCAUAACCAAGCUAUGGGAUGCUGCAAAGACCUACUCUAUUAGUAAGCAUGAUAGAUUGUUAAAUGAAAUUGCAAGUGUGACAUACGUUAUAAACCAGUGCUCGAUCUCCUUGAUGCAAUUAGAGAAAAGCUUAUGCAACGAUUUGACAAAAAAAAGAAAAAUUGUAAACAAAUGGAAAGGAACAUUAGUACCAAAAGCAAAGAAUUAUCUCAAGAGAAUCUCUAAGAACUUAGGUAACUUUGAAGUUUGUAGAAGCAGUGACAAUCGAGCACAGGUGAACUACAAAGGAAAACGUUGGGAGGUUAUACUAGAUGAGAUAAAAUGUAGUUGUCGAGUUUGGAAAGUUAAAGGCCUACCAUGUGUGCAUGCAGCUGCAAAUAUUGCUUUUACAAGGGAUCCUGAUUGGGACAUAUAUGUCGAUACAUAUUUCACAAUUGAUAAAUUUAAAGAAGCAUAUGCUUUAGAAAUUGCUCCAAUGUCGGGAAAGGAUCAAUGGGUGCAUAUAAAGACAAUCGAGAAGAUAUACCCACCUAUUAUAAAACGGCCUCCUGGACGACCUAAAAAGAAUAGAAUUGUACCACGUGAUGAACCCAAGAAAAGACAUAGAUGCCCCCGUUGUGGUAUGUUUGGACACCAUCAAAAGACUUGCAAAAAUCUCGAACGUCAAGGUUCUGAUGAUGCAUCCACUAGCAAGAAUAAAGAACAAAAAAGAUCAUGA